CCUCACAACUACCUUACAAUACUUCUUCCCUAUAACCCUCCCCCAGACCUGUCUCUCGCGAUAUCAUCGCCGUCUCUCUCUGUCUCUGUCUCCCUCUCUACAUAAUCACCCGCAACCAUGUCGACCGAAAUGGACGUGGACACCGCCGCUCCCGCGGACUCCAAAAACGGCACCUCGUCUCCCACCGACACCAAAAAGUCGUCUGCCACCGCGGGCGCCGAGGCUCGCACGGCCCAAAACGCCGUCGCGGUCCGCAGCAUCGAAGGCUGGAUCGUGAUUGCGACCAACAUCCACGAGGAGGCCACCGAGGAGGACAUCCACGAUCUCUUCGCCGAGUACGGGGACAUUAAGAAUUUGCAUUUGAAUCUGGACCGGAGGACGGGGUACGUCAAGGGCUACGUCCUGAUCGAAUACCCUACCCAAGUCGAAGCGCAGGCCGCGAUCAAGGCCCUGGACGGCGCGAAACUCCUCGACCAGACGAUUUCCGUCGACUACGCCUUCGUGCGGCCGCCGCCAAAGGACAAGGGAAGCCGUGCCAGCGGCGUCGCGACCAAGGGCCGUGGCGCCGGCGGCAGAGGCGGGAGGAGUCGAAGCCGGAGCAAGUCGCGGAGCAGGAGCAAGAGCAGGAGUCGGAGCCGGAGCCGCGACAGAGACAGGCGGAGGGACCGUGACGAGGACAAAAUGGACAGGGACUGAAGGCCCCCGACUGACACCGAUUUGAGACACUGCCCAGGAGGAGUUUGUUCGGUGGCUUGGAGCUACACCUCUCCUCAUAAGACUGAGCGUUACUGCUGGGGAUGCACCCUCCAAAACGCAGUCUUGCACCUUACCUGGUGCGCUUGAGUACCGGGCUCGGCCACCAUCUCGGACGAUCUGCACAUAUGAAAAUGUGGCGCGAUAUGUCUCAAUCGGGCAACACCUCAUCCAGCCUUGACGAGAAGGAUUGGACACUGCCGAUAGUUGAUCGGCACCAUAGCUUCACCGGCAUCGGGUUGGUUUACCCUCUCCCAGCCAUUUUACCACUCGUUCGCUAAUGGUACCGGUCAGUUUCGAGUUCAUCACAAGCAUAGCUCUACAACCCAGCCUUCUACCUGCGACGUUCGCAUUGGACAGACACCUCGCAGUCAAGGGCUCGUCCAGGAGUUACUCUCUGAGCAAUGAAAUCAGAUUCCAUAUCAGGGUCAGAGGAAUAGCCUGCUGCACGGUAGCUCGCUGGCGCUAGUAGGCCACAUCAUUAUGAUUCACGACGCGUUACGAAUGGCCGCCUCCCAAGCGUUUUUGGCGGUUCUUCUAUCCCAAUAGGCUUUUCUUGCGUCCUCGGUAAAUCCUCCGCUUCCACCAACGUGUGAGAACGCCAUCGUAUGUUGAUGCUCAGGAAAAAGGAAAGGAAAGAAAUGUC